GAACCCGGGAAGGAAAACCAGUAGCAUCAGCAGCAGCAGCAGCUACCACCGCCGCCACCACCACAGCAGUGGCAGUAGCGGCAGUGGCAGCAUUUAGCAGUAGCGUUCCCAGCACGAGCGGCAGUCGCAACCGCCCUCCUCGUCUCAGUCUCGCGGACAGCCGCAGCCACCGCGUGCGGAGCGGGCUCCGGGCGCCGCCGCGCACAGCCGGCAAGCCAGGCAGUGCCGGCGCGGGUGAGCGGGCGAGCGGGUGAGCGGGCGAGCGGCGCGGUGAGAGGAGCGCUGUCCUGGGAGCCGGCGGGCGGCCGUAGAGCUUCUGAGUUUCGGCGCCCGAGCCCCACAGCUCUGCCUCCAUCUAGUGCGGCGGCUGCGGCGGUGCCUGAGUGAGCGAGCGGAGCGAGGCGCGUCCACCUGGCGGGCCCGGCGCAUGGAGCAGAGGCAGAGGCGGCGGCGGCGGCAGCAGUGAGCAGGAGCAGCGGCAGCUUCGGCGACGGCAACAGCAGCAGCGGCGGCAGCCCAGCCUUAACUGCGUCCGUCCCAGCUCGGGACGACGGCAGUGGGGAACCCGCCAGCGACGUGCGCCUCGGGAGGCGGCCUGCGAGCAGCAGCAGCAGAUCUACUGAUGAAUACAGUCACCGUGUGGCAUCGCGCCAGUCUUCUGCUCAUUCCCAUCUCUUCUGUGCCACUCUCUGGUUGGGUGUUCUGCAAGCUGAGGACUAACUUCAGUCUCCUCUACCUUUUUAUUAGUUUCCUGUUGGACAACAUUUGAAAUUGGAAUGAAACAGUAAGAAGCUACAUUCAUGGAUAACCAACAAGAUAAAGUUAUUGCUGCCUCAGCCAACGGAGAAAACAAUCUGAUUAAUGGGGUCAAAGAAAAUGACUCAGAGGAACAGGAUGUGGCAAUGAAGUCAUUCGCAGCUCUAGAAGCUUCCACUCCAAUCCAGCCUAUACCAGUGGUACAAAAAGAGUCCCCAAUGUUUCCGAGGGGUCUUCUUCCUCUGCCGUCUAAGAAGCCGUGUAUGCAGAGCCCUCCAUCUCCUUUGGGCCUGAUUGAAGCACCUGAUCAUUCUGCUACUGGUGCUUCUGUGAAUGCCAUCUCCCUCACAUCCGGAGUUGCGAAGGGCCUGAACACAUGGUCCCUGCCCAAUGAGUGUGAGAAAGCUCCAUUUGCCAUAAUGGAGCCUGCAGGCAUAUCAGCUCUGAACGGAGACUGCCUCAUGCAGCCAAGCCGGACUUGCUUAGGUUGCUUCAUGGAAUCAAAAGAAGCAGUGGAUCCUGAACCCGGGAUCAGUCUGAAAGUCGGUGAUCUAAAUAGAGAUUACGAAACAUGUGCAGUCUCUGACAUAGGGAUUCAGUGCAUUAAUGCUGGGGAAAACCUCAAAUAUGGAGAGCAGCUGCUUUCAGACCAGCUGUUAGGCUUCCCCCUGCAUAAAUCAAGGGCAGGAGAUAGACGAGAAUCUGAGAAACCUGACAUCGACUUGGAAGAUCCAACUCAGAAAAGUUACUAUGAGGCAUUACUACUAGAUAAGUGCAAUACGGAAGAAGCUUUGCUGGCAAAUUCAAAUCAGGAUUGGGGUUACUUUGAGACUUUCAUUAGUGAGAGUAAGAUUGAGCUACUGGACCUCUGUUCCAAGAACGAGCUAUCUGUUAACCUUUUCUCUGAAGAAGAUGUGGAGAACUAUAUGUUCGAUGACGAUGAGUCAACCCUGGGCAGUGAUGUCUGCUCCCUCAAAAUUCGAUAUGAGUCCUUUCAGGACAAUGUUCGAGACAAGACCACUCUUCUAAUGCAGGAAGAUGCCCAAUUCAAUUUUUUCCCCAGUGUCUUUACUACGUGUCCCAAGCGGGAAUCUAAGAGUGGAGUCCUCAAGCAGAGCAGUGAUCUUUCUCAAUUCAAGGUCCCUGAUGUGAGCAUCAUCUGGGGAGACGAAGAUAAAAACUUGGACAAGAAGAAAGGCAAAGAGGAAGUACAUGAAGACAAAAGUAUAGAGAAAAAAGAUGAAAAGGAUAAUGGAGAAAAACCUGCAUUAAACAAUAAACCAUGUAGUGGGCUUGAGGUAGAGCAAUUUAAGAACCUAAAGCCUGACCAUCUUACUAAUUCCCUGGAGACGUCAGGAAAUUUCAGUGAUGACAGUUCCUUCAUUGAGGUCUCAUAUGAUGCCAUGGGAGAGAUCAAAGACUGUAGCCGCUAUAUGGCUCGGGACACUAAUUCUGGAAGCUCAUCCUCCCAGCAGAACUAUGGGUUGCGAGCCAAGAGAAAAGUCAGAUACAGUGAAGAUUAUCUAUACGAUGUUGACUCACUAGAGGGGGAAAAAGUCAAUGAGAGAAAGGAAUGGCCUCCAGGUGGUUCCAAAGAAGAAGAUGAUGAUGAAUGGUGCCCCAAAAAGAGAAGAAAAGUAACGCGUAAGGAGCCCCCUGUUAUUAUUAAAUACAUCAUCAUCAAUCGCUUUAAAGGUGAGAAGAACAUGCUGGUGAAGCUAGGUAAGGUAGACGCCAGUGAGACAACAGUAAAUCUGAGUGAGAGUCAGCUCAGUAAGUACGCCAAGUUAUCACCUUUGAAGGGAUUCUGGCAAAAGAAGAAAAAGCAGAAAAACGGCAACACAGACUCUGUGAAAACACCCUUCUGCCAAAAGCAAAGCUUUGAACCAGGUAGCUUUGAGGUGUCAUUCCUGCCUCCUGCUCGGAAACGAAAAUCAAAGCUUGGCAAUAGACACAGGAUCCAAAGGAUCCAAUCCAUGGAAGCGUCAGCAAGUAGUAAGCAGGUUUCUUUCGGCAGCGAUCAGAAACAAGCUAGUAAUCGCAAAGAAGAAGGAGGUUUAAAAGGGACACCAAAAUCAGCACUUCUUGCUGCCCCAAGCAGUGCCAAUGGAUCACAUUUACGUGGCCUCAUAGGCCCCGACUCAGCGAAAGUCAAAGCUCAAGAUACAGAGUUCAAGGGGCCAGAGAGGAAAGUGCUUAACAAAAUUAAAUUUAAAAGUGAAGCUAGGUUGAAAUCCAAAAAAAUCAAAACUGGACAAGAAAACAAACCAGUUGUUCAAAUGAGCCCUGUCUCAGAAGACCCAUCCUCCAAGGCUAAUUUAAAAAAUGAAGUCACUCCUGGAACCUCAAACAGUUCCCAUAUGUCUGAAUUUCACGAGACAAAAGUUGUUAAGAAUUCUACAUUCUUGCCAACCACCUGCUCUUCUGAAAUGCCUCUAUCAUCUGCUAAUGUUGCCACUAAUAUACCUGUUAUUCCUGGAGGGUAUCUGCAAACACUGUUAGAUGCCUCUGACCUGUCAAAUAAUACUAGUAUCUCAUACUUCACCAACCAUUCUGCAGAACAAAAUGAAGCCAGCCUCAGUCAAACAGAAAAAGCAUUUGCACCUCUCCAGUCUGCUCAGGACUGCGUGCUGUCCUCGUCUUCUGAUUCUCAGCUGCAACAGUCAUCUCAAAACUUCAAAAUGGAAGCAAGCAACUAUGGUAGUUUGUGGCCUGACAAGGAUACAUCUGGCUCCCAAGAGUUCAUGACUGAAGUCUCAGGGGAGAUAGCCACAAGCCAAUCUAGUGAAUUUGAAGCUACCCAAGUUGUCUCCAUGGAGAAUAACCUCACGGCUAUAACAUAUAGUCCUGUCUGCCUCAAUAGUGGUGGCAGUGGUUGCAACAAGGUUCUGUAUGCCUCUGUGCAGGACUCACAUCUCGCACCUGAUGACUCCUAUCAACUGUGUCACUUUAAUAAUGGAGAGAUCUGCUUUCCUUUCCAGCAGGGCCCAAUCAGUACAGAAGAUGAUGGCCAGCUCUUUAGCUUUGAUUCGAUGACCCCCCUUUCUGUGAGUUCAAGCAGUUAUUGUCCCUUAAGCUUGAAAUCCUGUGAAAAGGAUGGUGAUGAUGAUAUCAAUGAUGACUUCCUGGCCCACUGCAGCCCCAAACUGGUGAUCCAGCAGAGCAUUGAUGAGAUAGCACCACUAAAGGAGUCCACCGACCUCCUCGACAUCUCCAACUUCACUCCAGACAAGUUCCGCCACUCUUCCCUCUCAGAAAUGUCUCCACCGGACACCCCCAGCCUUUCUCCUCAGAGUACCAGAUGUGAGAGUAUCAAAACACUAGGAACCAUGAAAGGGUUCCAAGAAGGUGUCCCGGGAUCGCUGAGCAGCAUGGAAAAAAUCAAGUGGGACUGUAGUACCCUUUCACAACAGGUCCAAGCAGAUGAUGGCUUUACAUUAAAUAACCAUCAAUUUCAGUUCCAUAUGUUCAAUGAUGAGGACUCUGUUGGCCUGCUCCAAAAAAACCCUUGCCUGUCAACAUUUGAUGAGCCAGCUGGGCAGAUUAGUGCCAACAACAAAGUGUCAAAAUCAAGAAAGAAAACUUCACCUGGCAAGAGUGGGGCUGUAAGCCAAAGUUCUUCUCAGAAAAAUACCAGGAAAAAAUCCCCAAAAGCCAGCAACAAAGGGGUUGAAAAGCCACCUAGCAAAACCUCCCGGCAGGUUCCUAAAUCAGCAAAGAAAGGGAAAUAUGUGGCUGCUGUCAAUGGAGAGAAAAUGCAAAUCGGGAUUGGCCAUAGUGGGGGUCAACCCAAUAGUACAUCCUCCAAUGGAAAGACACUGACUGAAUGUAUUCAACAUGGUGGUCCUGUUGCCCCUAUGAAGAUACCAAGUCAGAAGGGACUUUCUGGAGAUUGGGCUUUGGGAAAGGAAAGCAGGCCAGGCUGGAAUGACAUGAGUGUAGUCACUAAUACCAACAACCUUCUGGAUGAUGACCAACGAGAAUUUCAAGAGCCUUCCUAUAUCUUAUCCAAUAUUGCCUCUGGUAUGGCAGAUGUGCAGAGAUUCAUGAUGGCCUCCAUGGAGCCCCUUUGGGAACCCAUGGAGCACCAAGGGGAGUCCAACACAUUCUACUCCCCUGAUUCCAAUAGCCUAAAAUUAAAAACCCUCAAAAUACUGGCUGGGACACCACAAGAAUCUAAAAAGAAGAUUAAUAAUGGGUCUUCGGGAGCUACUAAGAAUCACAGGUCAAUCAAAGCUGUGAGCAAAAGCAGUGGGAAAGCAGCAGUUGGUGAUCCUGGUCAUGCAGACGUGUCUGGUUCCAGUGAGGACUCUCGAUCUGCCUUCUUUGAUAAAAAGUACAGUAACAUGAACACUUUAGGCAAUAAUGGACCAACACACAAAAAAUUAUAUCGUCACAAAUCCAGCUCCAAGACCCUGCGAGAUGAGAAAUAUAAGGGAAAGCGCGUGGAACGAGAGCAGAUCCACAAGGACGAGGCUGGGACAACUUGUUUUGAAAAACUGAGGGGUUCCAGCUACAAUCUCCUAAAAGCAGAAACAGCAUUUGGGGUUUUACCUGUGUUUGAAGAAGAGACUCACAUUUUCCAGAAAGACAUUUGAUGUUUGUGUUUUCUUUCUUUCAAAAUAAGCUUUGUGGUAUGUAUGUUGACCUGUAAGUGCUUAAAGAAAAGAAUUUUAAAUUGUGGGAAUAAGUCUUUGAAAUCAAACUUUAAUCUGAUGUUCUGUGUAAAAGACUUUAAAAGUCAUCCAGUUGCACGAGUAGUUUAUGCACUGUUUGCCCACAAGGAAAAAAAUGGAAAACAUUGUGCCAAACUACAAACAAGUAACUGUACUGUAUAUAGUUUUACUUCUAUAUCAACAUUUGGUUGUGAGUAUUUGGGGGACUUGUUUGUCCCUGUUAAUUUACUAGAAACAUUCCAGUGAUUCUUGCUAUUAACCACCCCCACUUUUGUGGAUAGCACCUGUAGAUCACAGUGGGAAAAUAUGUUGUGUUAUACAGUUUACCAAAACAAAGGAUAAUGUUUGAAUUGUGCCAAAUUUUCUUACUUCAUCUCACAGAUUCACCCCACAGUUUAAAGCUCAUUCACAAUUAUUAAAUAUAUAUAUACACACAUACAUAUGCAAUAUGUGUGUGUAUACCAUCCAUAAAUGCAUUCUUUUAAUGUUUUAAACUCUACUAUCCUGUGUGGAAAUAUGAACAGUUCCACAAGGCACAAUAGAUGUGUUUGUUCCAUCAUCUAAGGAUUAAAAUGUUGGAAAAGCUUGAAGGUCACAACAGCUAAGUCCAUCAGGGACAGAGUAUACACAUUUACAGAACCUUGUACAAGGAAAUAAAACAUCUGCUUUGAAAGUUUGUUUUCCAAAGCAAAAUCUGUAGCGGAAAAUAAUUUAAAGUGCAAAGUUAUAUUGCUGAUAAUUUAUAUCUCAGUUUUAUAUAUUUUAUAAUAGCCUGGGAUAAAUUAUAAAAUAGUUAUAAAAUUGACACUAGUAAUAAAUGAAAUACAUAGAUUUCUCUUAUUUAAGUAGUUUCCUAAAUGUUUUAUUCCAGUUUUGUCAAAAGUGCACUCACAACAUGGCUUUAGUGUUCUUUAAAUGUUGAUCUUGCAAUGCCAAUGUCAUUUUUAAAAAUGGCAUCUCAGAUUGACAAUUUUUCUUCCUAUGAUUAAGUACAUCUAAUACCAGGUAAAGCUGAACAAUAUGUGGAAACAACUCAUUUAGACCAUCUAUAUAUGGUCUGAGGAUGACUACUCUUUGAUAUCACACACUAAACAUAAAUCUCAAUUUUAGUUACCUUUUAAAUUCAUACUUUUGGUUCAACCCUCCCUUCCACUACUUAAACAAUCUUCACAGUUCCGACAUUCCUCACUGCUAGCCUUUUCUUCCCCUUUCUUCACCUCUUGACUUAAACCAUUUGAUCUCUUUUCCUCGCACAGUUAAGGCCUAUGUGCCUGGUGACUGAUGCAUUGUGGCACAGAUGAGAUAAUGGAUGUGAAAGCGCUUUGUAGAUCAUAAAGUGCUAUACCAGUAUAGGGGACUAAUAUUAUUAAUGUUGUUGGUUGUUGUUGUUGUUACUAUUCUUACUAAUAUUGUUACUAACCUAUUAACUUGUGAAUAUAGAGGCUGGGGUGGGAGGGAGGAGGAUAAGGGGGUGGGAGAAAGGGGGAACUUAACAAAACAGGGAAGAUGUUUCAAAAGACAUUUUUGAAUAAAAUAUGAGCAACCUACCUAGUCAUUGACACCUAAAUAUAUUCACAAACAGAGAAGCAACGUUUUCAAGUAGUCAGAGAGAAAUGGAAGGGAGCUUAUCAUGUAUAUAAGUAUACACAUUCCCCAGUCCAUGAUUCCUUUCACCAGCUUACUCUACUACUUACCACUAGGUAGUAAAAUGAACAAGCCCAUGAUCUAGAUUGUGUGUGUUCUCAGCAUCAGUCUCUUUUGUCUGUGGGGAUGAGUAGGUGAGGAGAAGUCUGUGAGGAGAGUUCAGGCACAUUCCCAGGCUUUGACACUGUGUUCAGUGAGCCCUGGAAAAUUAUUUAGUGGAAAGGCAUCAGCUGAAACAAGUCUCUUGCCCUACAGUGGCCAUCCAAAAGAGAAAGUAAUCAAACUAGAACACUUUCUUUUGUUUCUUGAUACUCUGAUAGCUAGCUGUUUGUGUUAAAUGUGAUGGCUACUUCCUAGGAACUGGUCUUAGUUCAGUUUUGGCUUUUGUUUGUCUUGUUUUGCAGUUGAAUUUUUGCUUAGAAUCACCAACUCAGCCCGUAUCGUGAUCCCCAAGACUCCAGACCUCAAAGUCAUCUUGCUUGGUUUUAGGAAUGGAGUGCUUUCUCUGUAACCAAAAAGUGGAAAUUAAAGAAGAAAUAAAGAAAAUGUUCUAUGAGUAUAAUGUGUUUUUAUAAAAGUAAAUAUGGGAGCAGUUGUCCCAGAUUUUUUGUUAAAGCAUCAUGAUGUUCAGCUUUGGAGAAAGGGGUAAGAAUGGGAGGAUAGCCUGAAACUGUUUCCAACAGUUCCAUUGUCAGAACUUUAUCAUCAGUUCUUUGGAGUGGAUACCCUUUCAGUUGCUCCUAUGGAGCCUACUAAGGGCCAAUUUUAGGGCAUGGUUCAUAUCUUUCUCCAAAGAGAACUUUAAAGCACCUUCUUAUCGGCCUGCCAUGCAUCGUAUGUCUUCAUCAUAUAAACUAGUGACUUGUAACCAGUCGUUUUCUACUGAAACAGAACAAGAGAGUGACUUUGAGGACUGAGCAACUAGACCAAGGCAGAGAUGCUUACCGUCUCAGUACAUUAUGCUCUGCAUUGUUGAGCAUUUUGCAUUCUGUUGGUCCUGCCUCUGCUCUCAGAAUUAUUUUCCUUUCUGUCACAACAAAGUAGGCCAAACUUACUGGAGAUCUCUUAUUCAACCAGCUGCCUUAGUGGAGUGAGGACCAAUGUAUGAAAAUAGUGUUUUGCCCUAUCACUGAUGUCUUCAACUCAAAAACCCUGAAUUUUCCUUGGUCUGAGAUUUCUGACUUACUCCCUUCUAAUCUCUCCUUUCUGAGAAGCUGUGCCCUAUUAAUGCCUCCUCAUUGGAGUCUCGUUUAAUCUUUACUUUCCUGGAAAUAAUAGCUCCCCUUGUUUUUUCUUUCUUGACUCUUAUCAGUCUUAGAAUUUUUCUUCUUGUCUACUAUUAUAUUCAAUAUCCCAAACUGUCAAAAUCUAAGAACUUCAGCUUAGAGGCUUUCUUUCGGAAGUUUAGAGGACUACCUUCCCAGUCGUAUUCACUCAAAAUACAAAUGCACAAGCACAUGCACAGCCACCAUUGAGAAACCAUGGAAACUGCUUUCCCUAGAAGAUGUGUAAUAACAGGUCCAAUCUCAUAGUGGUCAGGUGCUGUACUACAUGGAGCAGGGUACAGAUACAAUGGCCCAGCCAAGGGUCUUCAAGACUUUGAGGGUUGUGUUGGUAUAGAGUAACUAGCUUGAGCCUGUGGCCAUCCUCUAUGCCUCGCCAGUCUCAGAUAUCAGCUGCUUUCACAUAUGCUGCUCCCUCACAGCUUUCCCUACUGACUUCUUGCUGCUCUGUGCAAUUAUGUGUUAAGGCCUUAUCUUUUCCUGAAUCUUUUCAAACUUCCUGCACUACUUCGUUCAUCACUUCUUUGGCCAUCUCUCUGAAGUCCUUGGUGCUAGGUGGGCUUUUGUGACAAAAAAAAUUCACCUUCUCUGACUCUUUUCUUUGCUGGGAAAAAUCGUUGGGGGGUGGGGGAACACAAAGGAGGGUAUGUGUGUAUGUGUGUAAGAGAGAAGCAUAAAGGAUGCUUCAAAUGCUGUAAUCAACUCUCAUCCUGUGUUAUUUCACGUGAGGUCUUGCAGUUCUAGUGAAUUUCCAUUUUAGUGGGUUUGAAUUAGUGUUUACUACGUAAAGGAGAAAAGCAUAUCCAAGGACCUCUUUGCCUUGCUCUUACCAAACUGAACUAGUAUUUUGGAGAUCUACAAUUUAGAAAUACACUCAGAACAGUUCUGAGAAAUGAGGAAAGGUAGGGUUGGAUUUCUAUGCUGAAGAGGUAAAUGGAACACCAGCUAGUCCUAGCUGUUGCUAGAACUAGAAAGGUUUGUUUUCUCCUAUGUGAAAGUUUGUCAAAUUUAAAAAGUUUUCAUUUUCAUUUAGGGUUUUGUAAUGCUGCCAAUCAUAACAGAAAUAUCUCGUUUUGUAAAAUAAAACUAAUGCAAGUUUUGUUUUCUAAUCAUAAAAUUGACUAAGCCAAUGUUAUGUUUAGAAGGCUUAGUACCAAAAUCAAACAUUUUCAUGACAAAUAGAGAUCUUGUCAACAUAAUGUAGGCCAGGGAUUUUUAUAGAGUUUUCUCAAAGACCCAAGUAAAGGGAAAAAUUAGUUGGGAUGUUUAGAUUGGGAAAAACUAUCAUCAGUUUGAGAGUCCUCAGCCAGAAUGGGGUUAUUUUGAUGAGUACACAGGCUCCCCUUUAAGACACCAUUUCACUCAACAUUAAACAGUAGCUACAGUCACGAAGCAGAGAUCCCAUUGCAGCUAUAUGAUACUUGAGGUGUACUCUUGGUUUGAGAAUCAUAGCAAAAUGGACGGAGAAUGACACUCUAAGAGAGUGGCUUAGUACAAAGUUUUAAGGAAAGAAAGGCUUUUAAAAAUCAGUGUUUGGGUAAAUCAAUACUAAAGACACCAAAACAAAACACUCACCCGUAGGAUAUGAAGAGGAUGUCUGUGUAUCUAACAAGCUCAGGGCUCUCUGAGUCUCAAGGACAGCCCACUGAAAAUGAAGAAAGGUAACCAGGUAUGGUGGCUCAUGCCUGUAAUCCUAGGCAGGAUUUUUGAGAGUUCCAGCCCAGUCUGGUCUAGAGCAUGAGACCCAGUCUGAAAAAUAAAAUAGAAAAGAAAGGAGGAGGAUGAAUAAGGAAGGAAGGAAGGAAGGAAGGAAGGAAGGAAGGAAGGAAGGAAGGAAGGAAGGGAGGGAGGGAGGAAGGGAGGGAAGAAGGAGAGAGAUACUAAAAUCAUUCUGCCUCUUUGAGAGAUGCCUAGUUUUACAGCACAAAGGAAAAAGGCUUGAACGAAAACUAAAAGGGGCCUUUUGUUUUUCACUCCCAGGGGGGUAGAGAGCUUCAGAGUCUCCACUGGGAUAGCCGUGGCACUGACUGGAGUUUGCUGCCUACAGAGUUUUGAAUGUACUUACUAGUCUUUAGUUUCCAUAGAAUCGAAUGCACCUCUUCAGUAAGUGAAAUGCUUUAUGGUGCUAAAGAAAAUUAUUAUCCCCAUUUUUCUUCUUUGCCAAGCCCCUUAAGCAUUUAAGAAAAUUUAAAGUGAAAGCAUUUAGAGACCCUUUUUAUGAAUGUAACCUGUUUCUGUUUGACACAUGACACUGCAACUUUAAAGUUAGGAAAUUAUUUGCCUUUUUCUUUUAGAAUUAAGCUUUAUAAAUAAUCUGUAGUCAAUUGAAGUAUAAAGCUUAAGGAUCACUCUUAAGACGCCUACAAAAUCUUGUAUAUUUUUAAGUGUGCCAAUUUGUAACAUAUUUUGUAAGUGUAUAUUUUUCUUAGAAAAGUGCUGUGAAGUGUCUGUAUGUGAGAGUUUUCCUUUUUCUGCACCACUAUGUGCUAAUAAAAGGAUAUUUACUUCAAAGUUUCUGGUUUUAGAAACCAUAAUACAAAGAAAAAACACUUUUGUUGGGAAUUUUGUAACAGAAAAUAUGUUGUGAAAGAGUGUAGUGAUCUUGUGAAAAGAAAAUGAACAUUUGUGAGCUUCUUGCUGUUUUAUAGAAUUUCUUGUAAAUUAUUCUUGUAACACCUCUGGUUUUGUUGUUCUUGUUGAAAAAAGUUUUAAAUAUUUGUGACUGAAUGUAUGGUGAAACUGUCAUAAUGUUACCUAGCUGAGUUUUGUUAUUGUUUAUGGAAUAAAUAAAAGAAAAGUUUAAAAUACUGCUUUAGAAUCAUAUGUAACAGAGUUAAAAAACAUUUCUAAUUGAAUUUAUAUCUUAAAUAAACAGUUCUUCUGCAGUCUAGAGCAGUGUUUCUCAAACUGUCUCUAGGGAUAGAGCAGUUUUUCUUACAAUCCAUAUCAAAAUGUUAUAAAAAAAUAAAUGAAUUUCUGAAAAAGUAAAAUGAAAAAAAAAUAGGCAAAAUAUAAGCCCAGGUAUAUUUGUAUUUAGAUCAACAUAUAAAGCUAUCAUUCAAAACACCAUAGAGAAAAAGAAAAAAAUUGCCAGAUAUCGGUAUCCUGUUGGAGAACAAAUAUACAAAUCAAUGUCAAGUUGCCAUAGAACUGAAACACACUAACACUUUGAGUAAGACCAACAUCAUUACCAUCGUUUGGGAACUUGGGAAAGCUGAAUGCCAGGCUCUGUGCCAAUUCAGUAAGAUCCCUAAGUGAUUUGUAUACAUGGAAACGUUUGAGAAGCACUGGGCUAGAAUUUUGUGUCCCAAAUUUGGACAUUAUUCUCUAGGUUGUCCCUUCAAAUAACGUUAAAACAAAUGGUAUUCUUCAUUUGCGGUCCAGAUGGCAUCUGCAGAGAAACAUUCCUCUCAACGUGUAAAAACUGUUUGUUGAAAGUAAUAAAUGUUGAUUUGCCUGGUA